GGAGAGGAUUGAAGAAUUGAACAAUGGUUAUGGUGUUAAUGUAUUAAGUCGGAGUAAUGAAUAGCAAUUUUUCUUUCAGUUUUGGAGAGUUUAGUUAAUAUUAUUAAAGUUGUUGUUGUUCGCUAAGAUAGAGGCAACAUAAAAGCAACAAUGGAUAUCUACAUCAUAGAUGAUGAUAGAAAACGUAGACUUCGGGAACUCGAAGAAAAAAUUCAAGACCCAAGGAGCGUUACAAAUGUUGACUGUUUGUUGGACACAGUUCAAGCUCUGGUGUCAGACUGUGGUCAUCCUGCAGUCAAAAGGAUGAAGAAUGUGGAGUCUUACAUGCAAAGAUAUGAUGGGGUGGCCUCUGAUAUUUGUAGGUUGCGAAUGAAGCCAGAAGAUUUUACUCAGAUUAAAGUUAUCGGCAGAGGUGCAUUUGGUGAAGUGCAAUUGGUUAGACAUAAAGCAACACAGCGAGUCUAUGCAAUGAAGCUUCUCAGUAAAUUUGAAAUGAUUAAAAGGUCAGAUUCAGCAUUUUUCUGGGAGGAACGAGAUAUAAUGGCGCAUGCAAACUCAGAAUGGAUUGUGCAGUUACACUUCGCAUUCCAGGAUACUAAGUAUCUCUAUAUGGUGAUGGACUAUAUGCCAGGUGGUGAUCUCGUGAAUCUGAUGUCCAACUACGAUGUCCCAGAGAAGUGGGCCAAGUUCUACUGUGCGGAGGUGGUUCUAGCUUUAGACGCCAUACACACCAUGGGCUUUGUUCACAGGGAUGUGAAGCCAGACAACAUGUUGCUGGGGAAGGAUGGUCAUCUGAAACUGGCUGACUUUGGAACUUGUAUGAGAAUGGACGAUGACGGUCUAGUCAGGUCAGACACAGCUGUGGGCACUCCGGACUACAUCUCACCGGAGGUGCUACAGUCUCAGGGAGGCGAGGGACUGUACGGUCGAGAGUGUGACUGGUGGAGCGUCGGAGUGUUUCUGUACGAAAUGUUGGUUGGAGACACUCCGUUCUACGCUGACUCCCUGGUCGGCACCUACAGCAAGAUCAUGGACCAUCGCAACUCCUUGCACUUCCCCUCCGACAUUGAGAUCUCACACCAGGCCAAGAGUUUGAUCUUUGGCUUUCUUACUGACAGGACUCAAAGAUUAGGCAGAAAUGGGGUCGAAGAAAUCAAGUCUCACCCUUUCUUUCAAAACGACCAAUGGACGUUUGAUAACUUGAGGGAUUGUGCACCACCUGUUAUUCCUGAGCUUUCGGGAGAUGACGACACCAGUCACUUUGACGACCUGGAGAAAGACGAAACUCCAGAAGAAAACUUUCCUACGCCAAAGGCUUUUUCUGGCAACCACCUCCCCUUUGUGGGGUUCACCUAUUCAAGGGAUUACAUGCUACUAAGCAACUCCGGAAUAAAGAGUGCGAUCAGAGAUUGUACAGAUACGAGUCAGCAGAACGGAGAGUUGCAGACGCUGUUGGAGCGAGGGCGGAGGGAGGUGGAGGUGUUGGAGGAGAAGCAGCGAGUGUUGUUGGAGCAGCUGGACCUGGUGACACAGCGGGAGGGAGAGCUGAGGGACGAGACCACCAGGAUGGAGAAGUCGCUGGCCAUGGCUAUGCACGAUCUCAAGGAGUCACAACGAAGAAUUGAAAACGAAAUAGAAGUCCGUAGAAAAACAGAAGCACAACUAGCAGAAAUUAAAAGAAAAUUAGACGAAGAACAAAGUAAAAGAGCUCGAGAAAUGAAUAACAACCAGCAAGUCAAUGACAAAAUAAACUUUAUGGAAAAACAGCUUACUUGUCAGUGCAGUCAACUGUCCGAAGUCCAAGAGAAACUGAAGGCAGAGAUGGAGAGUGGGGUUCGGUUGAAGAAGCAGGCUACAGAGCUGAAGGGUGCCAAGGCGGCUGGUGAGCAGAUGGUGGCCGAGCUGCAGGUUGUGUUGGCAGCAUUGCAGAGCCAGCGGGACGUGCUGCAGCAGGAGGUGGCGACAUUGCAGGGCCAGCUGAGUCAGGAGAAGAGCUCGCGCACACACGUCACGGAUCUACACAAGGAACUGGAGGCAAGACUAGCCACCCUGCACCACGAGCUUGAGCGUGCAAGUGACCGAGAGGGCAAGGUGAUUGAGGACAAUCGGCAGCUGAACGAACGAGUGUCUACACUGGAGAAGGAGUGUGCCUCGCUCACCCUGGAACUAAAGGCAGCUCACAACAGAUACAACCAGGAGGUGAGGGCUCAUGAGGAGACAGAACGUAGCCGACUGCUGACCAAGGAGGAGGCCAACAUAGAAGUGGUCAAAGACCGCAUGGAUUGCAUAUUUCGAGCUCUGCAGGCCAAGCUGAAUGAAGAGAAGGGUGCCAGACAAAAGGCAGACCUAGUGUCGCAGGAGAAGGAACGUCAGAUGUCCAUGUUGUCUGUGGACUACCGGCAGAUACAGCAGCGGCUACAGAAACUGGAGGGUGAACAUCGGCAGGAGAUUGAGAAGACCAAGGUGCUGCAGUCCCAGAUAGAGCAGGAGCAGGUCAAGAAGUCAGCCUUGGCGUCAGAGGUGUCACUGGCACUGUCUGACGUCGCUCACCUACGCGCCAGGGAGGCUCAGCUGUCACGCGAGGUCGCCAGCUUACGAGAGAGCAAACGAGCUGCAGAGGAGGAGCUGCAUAGAGUCAAGACUGCCAAGUCUGUGGACGAUCUGCAUAUGAAAGACUUGCAAGAACAGUUUGAGACCCAACAAUGCUUCUCUGCUCUGUACAAGACCCAGACUCAGGAGCUACAGGAGGAGAUUGAGGAGAAGUCUCGUAUCAUCCUAGAGCUGGAGGAGGAGAGAGGGUCUCUGGCUCACCAGCUGCAGAUAGCUCUGGCUCGGGCUGAUAGUGAGGCUCUAGCUCGGUCUAUAGCUGAGGAGACGGUGGCUGAUCUGGAGAAAGAGAAGACAAUGAAGGAGUUGGAGCUGAAAGAUCUGUUGGCCAAACACCGAUCCGAUAUGGCUUCUAAGGAAUCUAGUCUUAGUAUGAUGAAGGAGAGAGAACUGGACUUGAAAAAGAACUCAGAACAAUUAAUGAAGGAUAAGGAUGACCUGAAUCAUCAAAUGAUGUUGAUGCAAGAAGACGUCCUAUUAGCAAAGGGUUCCAAGGAGGAGUUGGACAAGUUGAGGAAGCAACUGAAGCAGGAGCAGCUGCUGAAGGCUCAGGCAGUCAACAAGCUGGCAGAGAUCAUGAACAGGAAGGACAUGAAUGCAACAGGCAAGAACAAGAAAGUGUCCUCUGGAGAUCUGCGGCGGAAGGAGAAGGAGUGUCGCAAACUGCAGCAGGAACUGACACAGGAACGUGAGAAGUACGGACAGGAGGCAGUCAAGUGGCAGAAGGAGAUUCAAGAGUUACAAGCUCAAGUGGUGGAGGAGAACCAAACUAAGCUGAAACUGCAGAUGGAACUAGACAGUAAAGAUUCUGAAAUUGAGCAACUGCUGGGUCGUCUGGCCUCCAUAGGCAGUGAGACAGCGUCACUCAGCAGCGCGGACAAUGAGAAUGAUGAAAUCUUCUCACAAGAUAACAGGAUAGAGGGCUGGUUAUCUGUUCCUAACAAACAAAACAUCCGCAGGCACGGUUGGAAAAAACAAUAUGUUGUUGUGUCGUCAAAAAAAAUCAUAUUUUACAAUUCUGAAAGUGAUAAGCAAAAUACUGAUCCAGUUCUAAUAUUGGAUUUAAAUAAGGUGUUCCAUGUGAGGCCUGUUACACAGGGAGACGUUAUUAGAGCAGAUGCCAAAGAUAUUCCAAGGAUAUUUCAGCUGUUGUAUGCAGGCGAGGGUGAAGCACGCAAGCCUGAAGAUGGCAGCCUUGAUCUGAGCCGAGUGAACACUGACGACAAGCCAGGCACUAUGGUGUUCAAGGGCCACGAGUUUCUACAAAUCUCAUACCAUAUGCCUACCAACUGUGAGGCCUGUCCCAAACCUCUGUGGCACAUGUUCAGGCCACCCGCAGCACUCGAAUGCAGACGAUGUCGCAUCAAAGUCCACCGAGACCAUCUGGUAGGCAAGGAGGAAGCUAUCGCACCAUGCAAGCUCCACUACGACCCCAACAGUGCCAAGGAGCUGCUAGUGCUGGCGCCUAGCACAGACGAGCAGAAGUUGUGGGUGCAGCGGCUCACUAGGAAGAUACAGAAGUGUGGCUACAAGGCCAAUACCAAUGUGGACGGUGCCAAAGUCUCCCCCAGGGAAUCGACGAGAUCAACACUGAAGCCAUUUAUCACAGUGCAACAAAGAUCUGCCACAUUGCCUUCCAACGCAUCCAAAUGACAAAGUUCCUGCUUCAUCUCACGAUGCCGAAACUCUGGUUAAACCAGCUAUGAAACAGACUCAGCGUUGUAAUUUUAUCCUCUAUCUUUUUAGUGUACAUCUAUUUCAUAUACUGAUAGUUUUUUUUUUCAAUUUACAUGCUCAUGUGUAGCUUUUGUAUUUACCAGGCAGAGCAAAUAUAAUAAAGGGAUCAGCCUUAUACCUAUUGCGGACGUAAAAUGCCUGGGUCAAAAUAAAUUUAAUGCCAAAGUACGGACUACUUUGAAUCUUAAGAAAGAGAUAAGAUCCAAGUAGCCAAUGUCCAGAGAAAAGUGAGAAUAGGAAAAAGAAUCAUUGUUACUAGUAACAAAUUACCAGUACUGGAAAACAAUAAAAUAUUUAUUUCAUCUAAAAAAAUUGAUUAACCUAAAUUCUAUUUUGGUUUUAUCCUUCUCAUCACUUGGCCAGAAAGUCAUGGGCAUUGCUGGUCUGACGGUUCAGACUUUGGUUCUAGAGGCUUGGUUUCAAAUUUCGCCAAUAACCGAUGGAAAUUUCCUACAGCUGAUACACAGCGAUUUGGUGAUGGACCCAUGAUGUAUAAAAAGAGAAAACUCACGUAGGCGAGGGAGGACAACUGACUAUUUGUUCUAGAUUCCCCUCCGCAAAUGAUGUGCCAUGAUGAUGCCUGGCUGAAUCUGAUUUUUUCAGAUUUGUUACAAUAAAAUUCAUGAAUGUGUAUUAACAAUUAUUUAACCAAUAAAAUUGGGUUGCUGGCAAUUUUCUUUUUUUUUUUGUACAAGAAUUGUGGGAAAAGGCAUUUUAAGUCUGACAAUAAAUAGUAAAUAGUGUAACAUUUGUAAUUUAAAAAAUAUUGUUACAGUGUUUUAUUAUAUGUAAAUAGUUAUUUUAGGAAAUAAAAAUAAUUAAUUUAUUGCAGGACAAAAAUCCAGUAGUUAGUUAAGUUUUAGUCCCUUAGGCAAGUUGAAGCCACUUAUGAACCACAGACUAAACCCAAAAUUUGCUCUUACCCUCACUUCUGGUGAGUUUUUAGGUCUUAGAGGACUGUAGUCAUAUACUUAAUACAAACUAUUUAACCUUAUUUUAUCAAAAUUAAUGUUGUAUUCUUUAACAUAGGCAUAUACAUUAUAAAUAUUGGGGGAAAUGUUCAAGCUCCUAAUGUGAGAAAAUAUUCAUUAUUAAUACAGGAUUAUGAUUAACAAGUUCUAACAAUAAUAACGUACUAAGAUUAUUAGUUUAUUAAUAGGCUUUUUGUACUCCAUACACAAUUAAUUUCAAACAUGAAACUGACAUAAAUUGUGCAAUCUUCACUUUACGUUAACCAUUUUGGAAAGUACAAAAUUGGGCUUUUGUCCUGCAAUCGGUCGGUAAGCAGCCCCAAAAGUUUAUCAAUGACACAAGAAGUUCUAGUUUUGAUGUGAUUUCCUUUGGAUCUGAUAAGUAACAGAACUUUCAGCUAUAGUACUCACGGCGUCAUCAGAACAAUAAUGUUGCAAAUUGAAAAAUAUAUAGAUAAUAGUUUAUGUAGAAUGGACCUUCAAAAUUGCAUAAAAACUAUUUGGUUGAUUAUAAUUUUAACCAUGUAAUUUAAAAAAUACUAAACAAAAACAAUCCUAAAGUUUGUUCAUAAGAGAGCAAAUAGGUAAAUUUAUUUAGCCUAUUUAAAUUUCUAAAUUAAAAAUCUUAUAGAAAUGAUUCUUAAUUAAUUUUAAUUAGAGUGUGUUUAUGAAUUUUGUAUUUCUAGAUUUCAACCCACGUCUGUUCUACCUACAUAGUAAUUAUUCAAACUGGGCAUUAAUUCCUUAUGGUUUUUCAAAUUUAUCAAAUUGAUCUCCUAAAACAUCAAUGUGGGUUAAACAACAAGUUUUUCCUGCACAACUUUACAAUUUUUAAACGUAGUAAAAUAAAUUAAACUUUUGGACUGCUGCAGCUCAGCCCAAUAUGUAGAUAUAGUUAGUCACCCAAUAUUUUACUUGGCGCUUUCGACUGAUAUAUGUCCAGUGUUGGUAGGUAUUUCAAGGUUGUAAAGCUCUUAGCACAACCCUGCAAUUGGAUGUUCAAAUUGAUUUCACUCAGUGUCACCAAAUUAAUUUUGUUUUAAGUGUUUUUGGUACUGUAUUUUCAUUUAUAAAAUCUAAAUUGGACAUUAUUUCAUUGUAAUUGAUCUCUUCAUUCUCGUUCAUAUCAUGUCAUAGUCAAUCGCAGCCAUAUUAACAGGCAGUUAUUUGUUGAUUCACUCAAAGCAGUAGUUAUUUUCAAUUAAAAAACAAAUUAAGUUUUAAAAAAUGGUGCUGUAUUCUCUACCGCUAUUUAAAAAGCAAGAGGACAACUUGAUUUGUUUACUGACACUGGACAGUUGUUAAGUUUGAAGAUUGUCUUGUUUGUACAAACACAAUAAUUCGUUGUUUUAAACAUUAAGAUUAGAGCUACAAUUGAACUAUGGUAGUUCUACUUUUAUCUGUGUUACCGGAUAUGGCCUUUGAUGCAAUAAUACUAACUGAUGUGAUGUCCUCAGCGAUUGAUUCAAAAUCAUUUUGGAACACUAUACUGCUUUUGCAUUUGUACCUUAUAGAAACAAGCAUGGUGUUCUUAGGACCUUCUCUUGAGUUGCCAGAUAUGGCCGAAAUAGACUUCAGUAAUUUGAUUGCCUUUGAGUGUAAAAACAAACCUCUAAGUAACACUCAUACUACUUUUAAUGCCAUCAUAUUUCAGUCAUAUUAAGUCUUGAUAACUUUAUAAACUUUUUUACUUUAGGUUAUUAAAAAAAUUAUUGAAUGCAUAUGUUUAUGCGUAAAAGGUUGUUUUUUUAUAUGUACAACGAUACUCGGCUGAAUGUAGCGUAUUGAAUCACUUUAACUCAGUGAAAGUAAAAAGAUUUGUUUAAGACAAUAAUUAUUUUAUUCAAAUGUUUAAAUGGACCAAAUUAUAAGCUCAAUUAGAAUUCACUCUAUGAUAUCCCUAAAAUAAACUAAAUCGACUAUCUGAUGUGCCAAAUAAACAUUCUGUUAGUGACAGCUUUUUAUAAUGUUCAUGUAUACUAACAACUCUAUGUUGAAAUUGUGCUGUUUAUCAAGGUGCUAUAUUGCAAAACAUUUUAUACAGCUUUUAAAUAAAUUUUUAUUUUUUACUCUCAACUAAACUUGAAAUUAAUUUUUAUGAUAUUUAAUUACAAUGACAUAGUAAUGUUACUUUUGAAGGUUUUAUAUGUCAGCGUUUAGGCUAAUUAAUGUAUUAUUUUAUCACAAACCAACAAACCUGAUAUUUAACUGUCAUAUGAAAUUAAUACAGUUGUAUGUAUGUGAAAACCCAAAUAUGUUAGAUUGUUUAUAACUUUUUAAUCUACAAAAAUAAUGUAACUUAAUGACGAAUAGGGAUGUAUACAAAAUGUUCAAAUUUAAAAACUAUAAAAAACAUUUUUGAUGUUAACAGAAUUUUAACAUAGGUUUUAUUUGAAAUUGAUUUUGGAUAAAUUUUGAAUUUGAAAUUGGUAGCCCAAUUUUUCUAUUCAGAUGUAAGUUAAAUAAGGGAGAUCUAAGUAGUAAAAAUUAUUGAGCCAUAAAGAUUUUAGAUGUUUAGUUUAUUUUGAACUGUUUAUUUUUUAUUUAUAACUUUAAAAAAAGUGAAAUUGCUGGCAGCGACAAAAUAUUCCAUCCACGUGGCAGCUUUAGAUUUAGAGUUAGUUUUAGAGUUUAAUUUUUCCUUGUUUAAAAUACAACUGACUGAUGAUUCUCUUUCUUAAACUAAUUAUCUUGUUUGAUUUACAUUAUAUUGGCCUCAAUUUUGAUUGCACCAGUAAUUUUGUCAAUUUGUUCGUAAUGGUGUAUUUUUGGUUUACUUUUUGUAAACUCUCUUUUCUCCUUGUUUUUUAAAUCAAGGGUGAGAUUUGAGUUUAUUUAUAUUCUACUCAACUUGUGGCAAGUCUUGGAAAAUACACGAACCUCUUUCAACUGACAGCAAUUCAGACGCGUAAACACAGUUGAGUUGUGGAAUCAAUAUAAUUAUAUUUGUGAAUAUUUGUAAGUGAUUGAUGCUUUAAACCAGUUAAGGCAAUUUAUAUUUUUUAACACGUGCAAAAAAAAAUUAUCCACUUCAUUUUUAAAAAAAAUAUGCGUGUACAUAGAAAAGAAAUAAAUUUAUCGUUUAAGUGGAAGGUACAUAAAUCACCAAGGUGCAGAACGGAAACGAUUAAAGAAGUUACCUUCCGAAAUUUCUUUAAAUCUGUCGUGUUUAAUUGCAUCUCAUCAUGAGAAAUAUCAAAGAAAUUGGCAGCAACUAAAAAUGCAUGGCAUUAUUCAUUAAUAGGCUACUAUGAUAUGCCGGAUAAGAGAUAAGCGAUCGGAAAAGUGGCGGUUAAUCGAGGUUUUACUUUAAACAUUUCGGUUUUCAUUAACAUAGAAAAAAUAAAAAGAUUCUUCAUGUUUUAAAUAAAUUAAGGUUUGAUCUAGUCCUUACUGUAAAGAAGACAAAAGAAUACCAUACCUAUUACAUAACCUUAGAAAAAUCUACUUUUCAAGUACUUGUGACUUUUUCAAUUUCCCUGAUGUUGAGUGCUACUAAUACAUAGGCAAACCUAAGUGUAGCUUGUUCAAAAAUUCUGAUUCUAGUUUUUCCAACUUGAGCAAUAAUGUAUCAUACUUCUCACUCGGUUUGAAUGUUUAAAUGAAUCAUAAUUAUUUUGUGUUAAUUUUCUAGUUUAUUUAUAUUAAACUGGCAUAAUUAUGUUACCUAAGCUUUUUGUGUAUAUAAAUGUUAUUUGUUUCUUUUAUUUUGUGUUCCUUUGUAUCUUCGCUUUAAAUCUUAAGCAUUUUUUAAAUAUUUAAAACCAAACCUACAUCGAUUUAUUUCCAAAGUUUGUGUACUCUAUUUAUUUUUAAUAUAAUUGUUUUAUACAUAUGCAUAAUAUAUUUUGUAUACACACUUAUCAGAAUGUAUGUGAUUUAUGUUAUAAUACAUUGUACAUUAUUAAUUUUCAUAAACUGAUUGUGU